AUGGCCACACUUUCCUGCUCCUCCUACUUCCUUCAUCCUCUUUCUUCUUCUUCUUCUUCUUCAACGUCUCUUACUCUCCCCCAACAACAACAACAACAACAGCAACACCCACCAUUACCAACACGACCUGAAAUCCCAUCAGUGCUGUUCCGCUGCUCUGCCUCUAUUAAGCCCCUCCAAGUCAUUAUAGAACCCACAAGGCUCUUUGUCCAACCCAUUCUCCUAUUAACUACUGGCUUUAACAACCCCUUGGAUACCCAAACGUUUCUCGCCACUAUAAGUGUCUUGGCCGCCAUUGCUCUCUCUCUGUUUCUCGGUCUUAAGGGGGAACCUGUGCCUUGCGAGAGGUGUGCUGGCAAUGGUGGUACCAAAUGUGUCUUCUGUAACAAUGGUAAAAUGAAGCUAGAAACAGGCUUGGUUGAUUGUAAAGUUUGCAAGGGUGCAGGAUUGGUACUUUGCAAGAAAUGUGCAGGUUCUGGAUAUUCUCGACGGUUGUGAACUGAGGUUUUCAGAAUAUUGAUCCCUCUCUUUGUAAUCAAUCUCAAUGAAUUUUCCUCAGCUUUAGUUGUGAAGGACAGAAAUUGUACAUUUUGAUGUUACACUUUAUUGCAUUAAUUGUUAAUUACAGUCUACACUAUUGAAAAAAAGUUAACUGAAAUCAAAG